CCGAGGCGCCCCGGGGCCGCCCCGCUCCGCCGCGCCCGGGCCGCUCCCGCCAUGCGGCUCUGGGUGCUCCUCAGCCUGCUGCUGCUGCUCCUGCAGGAAGCGCUGCCACACGUUAUUGGACAGCCAGUGAAGAGUAAGCGUCCCAAAGAGCCUGGAGAAAACAAAAUUAAACCUGUUAACAAGAAAGCAAAACCCAAGAAUCCCAAAAUGAAGGAGAGAGAGUCUGUGGAUUCCACUUUGAAGUCCCAGUCCAUACUGACACAGGUGAUGGAUAAAGGUCAUUUCCAGAAACUAGCUGCCACCUUAAGCCUGGCUGCAGGACAAAGCAUAGAGCUGCGAUGUAAGGGGAGUAAUGUUACUUGGAACUAUCCUUCUUAUUUAGACACCUUUAAAGAUUCCAGACUCAGCAUAAAGCAACUUGACAGGUAUAGUCAGCUAAUCCUUGCAAACUCCACUGCAGCAGACACAGGUGAAUACAGCUGCUGGCUUCAGCUGUGCAGUGGUAACAAAUGCAGGAAGGAUGAGACAAAAACAGGGUCAACAUACAUCUUUUUCACAGACAAGGAGGAGCUUUUUGUACCUACUCCCAGUUAUUUUGAGAUUGUCUACCUGAACCCAGAUAAACCUGCAGUCAUCCCAUGCCGUGUUACUACUCCUUCAGCAAAAGUGACUCUUCACAGGGAAUUUCCAGCAGGAGAAAUUGAAACAGAUGGAACUGAUAUUAUUUAUGAUGCAAAGAAGGGUUUUGUCUUCCAGCACCCUACUUCUGAUCAUAAAGGUAUUGUCUACUGCAAAGCAGAGUCACAGGGAGCACCUCAGAUUUCCAUCAAAUAUCACCUACUAUAUGUGGAAGUUCCCAAGGGCCCACCCUCAACCACAGUGGCGGUAUCAUCCAGUAGAGCCGGCCUCAGUGACAGAGUUCGUGUGGUCUGCACAGUCCUCGGGGAGCCAGAUGUGGAUGUGAACUUCAGGUGGCAGUAUCCAGGGCAAGAGUCUGAGAGGCCUGUGAUUAUUCAAAAUUUCUGGAGAUUGAUAAACAGAGGAAUUGGCCAUACUACAAGAAUCUCAAAGAGUGUUCUUCUUGUGGAGGAUUUUGAAGACACAGAUGUGGGAAACUAUGUUUGUAUAGCUCAGAACUUACAAGGAGAAACAACAGUAGCUACCAAAGUUGAACUAAAGUGAUAGAAAAGACUUCUGGUCAUGGACUGUCCUGUAUGGUUUUUGACAUUAUAGCCAUUAAUUUUCUUUAAUGAUGUUUAAAUGUAGCUUCUCUCUCACUGUUUCUUUUAUAUGUCAAUGCAUUUUAUAUUGACUAGCUCGACAUGCCACAACAGAGUUCACUCUGUCCAGCAGUAGUGAGUUGUGAGUUAAUGAAACUACUAUGAAGCAUUAAAGUGUAAGUCUGAACAUGCAUAGGGUGUGUGCAUAUUUAGAAACAGGUGCUCUCUGGGCUUUCCUUUGCAUAUGGACUUUCCCUCAGACUUGUAUGAGGUCAACCUGCUGUGUGGAAUGUGCAGUUUUAACAUUAAGAGUACUGUAUGUGUUUAAAAUGACAACAAAAAAGCAAACUAAAAAGCCUUGUAACGAAGUUAGCCAAUAGCAGUUGUUUAUUUUGCAAGAAUAAUUAAAUUUUUGAACAUCAUGAAGACAUAAA